UCUUGGAGGGGGUACACAUAUCACUAGUGAUAUGUGUGCGGGGGUACACAUAUCACGGGGGUACACAUAUCACUGUGACAUCGGCUUCAAGUCAGGUCAGUACACCACAGGACAUGGAAGCUCAGGAGUAGGUCUCACUGCUGCUGUCAUGAAAGAUCCUCUGACAGGAGAAAUGAUUCUAGGCUGGAAUCAUGACAAGCCUGAAUGCACGAGUGUCUAUCCUGGCUGCUGCUAAUCCAGCAUACGGACGAUAUAAUCCAAAGAAAUCUGCAGAGCAGAACAUUCAGCUCCCAGCAGCACUGUUGUCAAGAUUUGACUUGCUUUGGCUGAUUCAGGAUAAACCAGAUAGAGAUAAUGACUUAAGAUUAGCACAGCACAUCACAUAUGUCCAUCAGCACAGCUCACACCCUCCAAUGCAGUUUACAUCUUUGGACAUGAACCUCAUGAGGCGCUACAUUGCUGUAUGCAAGGAAAAACAACCUCUGAUCCCUGAGGCUCUUACGGAUUACAUUGUCAGUGCAAAUGUGGAAAUGAGAAAGGAAGCCAGGACUAACAGAGACACAACUUUCACCUCAGCAAGAACACUCCUGGCUGUUCUGCGUCUUGCAACUGCCUUGGUUAGUACUUGUAUUACAGUACUUCCUGUGUCUUUCCUUCAAGUGCCUUAUUUUAAAGAGUUAUUAGACAGAUUGUGAAGGGUAACCUUUUCUCAUUCAAGUGCUA